AGGUCUGUGCCUGCCGACGCGCCUCUCCUGUGCAGCCCCCCUCAAGAAGAGCUUUUUAUGGAAUUUCUGAAAGGGAGAAGGAUCUGCAGAACACCAGUGAAGUGGAUAAAAAAAACGCACGGCUUUUUGCUUUUUCUCCUCUAGUGUCUGAAUGAAGCAGGGAGGCAAAUUUAAGGUGAAGAGGGACGGUGCAGGUUCUGGACAGUGAGUCGAUCUGUCAUUGUGCUUUGGGGUAAACACGUUUCCAGAGCGCCCGUUUUAACUUUUAUUUCUUCUGAAACUGGCAAGCUCGACUCCUCUACUCUUGCAGCGGGGAGUUCGUUUUUCUCGGAACGAGGCGACUUUCGUGUUUUCCCCCCUUCAGAGAAACUGCUUAAACUUUCUACGUUUAAAAAAAUAAAUAAAAAGAUCGGAUUGCAUUUUCCCCCUUCAAACAUUUUGGAGGUGAUGUCAUCGUGCUGUGUUUUGGCUGGUAUUGUGUCGAGAGGGUGCAGGGAGGACUACUGCAGGCAGGCGGUAACCAGCGGCUGAGGCGAGCGGGGAAGUCCGGAAAAUCAGGUGCAAAGUGCGGCUGUUAUUUCCUCACUGUGUCGCGGGUGGCUGAGUCCGCCACCCAGUCACAGCUGUUCCCAUCCUCUCCAGUCACCCCUCCCUCCCCCGUCUUUCUUUCCCCUUUAUUAUCCCCUCCCAUUCUCAUUCAGCACUCUCCAUAUACCCCUCUGAGCUGGACCGCUCCGGGACCUUAUCACCCUCCCCGUCGGACACAGUUGGUCGGUGUCACCUGAGCCACAGACCCGUUGAGCCAGCGUUGGGGCGCAGUCAUGACCGAGGCCGCCCUGCAUUACCCUGCGCCCGCAGAGCCCCCGUCUCCAGCCCGCCGUUUGCUCCAUCAGCCAGCCCAGGUAGCCCACCUCAAACAGCUCCUGACCCUGCUCUGCUGGGACUAAACCUGCCUCCUGCUCCAGUCUGUGCCGGAACAAACACUGCACCACUUACUUUUAACAUCUCACCUAGUACAAAAUUCAUUUUGGAGACCAGAAGCUUGCUGUCGCGCUGAAACGUUACGCAUUGGAUUACGCAGAAUAUUACGCACGCACCACAUCUAUCCACAGGGCCGAGCAUCACUCUGAGGGUCAACAAGGUCGUUUGGAGUUGGUUAUCUGUGACGCGUGAGCGCGCUUUCACCUGUUCCUCUCCUUGUCGGGGACGCGCAGCCUUAAAAGCCCCCCCCCCACACACACACGCCCAUCCGUCUCUCCACCAGUCUGGACAGCUGUUAGAGGUUGCCCGGCGGUCACAGUGGCACAGUUACCCCGGCCUCAUACCCCACAUUGUCCGCGACCGCACAUUUACCCACGCCGGGGGAACCGGGGCACACCGCCGCCGAUGCCAACGGGAGUGUCCGUUGACUCUUUGACUCUGCACAACAUCCCACAGAAGGAACUCUCCAGAAUAUCGGACUGGCUCAGACCAAGCGAGGAGACUGUCUCUGGGCCAAGUUCCAUAGUGGAGGGGGGAAGCAAUGUGGCCCCUUCUUUCCACGCUGACCGUCUUAUGUAUCCAGAUGUUGCUGGUGAUGUGCAAUCCAUUACAGCAGGUACUUGGUGUGGAUGGGGUCAACUUCAGUGUGCAUGUGGAGAACCAGACGCAGGUGCGAGACACCAUGAGUCGGCGACACCACCGGGUGUACCAGCUCUACAGCCGCACCAGUGGUAAACAUGUCCAGGUGCUGGGACGCAGAAUCAGCGCUCGAGGAGAAGAUGGAGACAAAUAUGCCCAGCUUGUAGUGGAGGCCGAUACCUUUGGUAGCCAGGUGAGAAUCCGAGGAAAAGAAACCAAUUUCUACCUGUGCAUGAACCGUCGCGGCAAGCUGGUAGGAAAGGCCAGUAAUCGAAGUGCUGACUGUGUCUUUGUGGAAAAGGUCCUGGAAAACCACUACACAGCUCUGAUGUCAGCGCGCUACACAGACUGGUAUGUGGGCUUCACUAAAAGAGGACGUCCACGCCGUGGACCCCACACACUCCCCAACCAGCAGGACGUACACUUCAUGAAGCGCUUCCCGCCUGGGGAGCAGCCCGACCUCACCACACCCUUCCGCUUCACCACCGUCAGCAAGCGGGGCAAGAGGGUGCGCGCUACCGGGCCCCGCUAGCAGUGGCUAACGCUAGCACCCACUGUCUUCUCAUCCAAAGCCUUGACCUGAGCCUGCCAAUGGCUAACCCAGUCAUCUCUUCUGUCGCACACGACUGAACACCUCCCCUUGUUGGGACAAACAUUGACCAGAAACUUGAUGAAUCAUUCAUGGGGUUUAGCUUUACACCUACUAAUUUGCCACUACAGCCUCUUAGUUAGUGAUAAUUCCUCUCAGUUUUAGUUCCCUUACUGGACCAACUGGACCUGGUCUGCUUCCCUUCAUAGGCCAGAAAUACUGACAGGAAACCUGACGUGCAGCCAGAGUCCCAGGCUCCACGAAGGCCUUUAUUCCCACAACCACAAAAACCACAAGGCCUUCAUGUCUCCUGUUCUGGACCAGCUGGACAAUGUCAAGUGUGGGAUUACAACUGGACCAUACAGAGAGAGAACAAGGGUGGGAAAGACUGACUGAACAAGAAAGUGGGUGCUCAGCCUAUGGAUAAAGGGAAAACAGGAAGGAGAAGACAGGAAAGCGGCGGAGAGGACAAAGGGAUAGAGUGAUCUACACAGAUCAAACGGACCAAUAAUGGAUUGUUGACAUGUGACGCACUUAUUUGUCUCACUGCUAAAACUAGAACUUUGAGACUGUUGGAUGAGUGGAAGGACGGAUGACAAAAGGAUGAAUGAGGGAAUGAUCGAGUGGGUGACUUACCGAAUAAUUGGAUACAAGAGUGUGUGUGUUUGUGUGUGAGGGUGAGUGCACCAACAACCGUGAGUGAAGCUGGAUCACGAGGGACUCUGGAAAGGGAACAUCCAGUCCCUGCAUGAACCCGUGGCAACUCACCGCAGGGACUGUAGCUUCAGGAACUAGAAUGUAUAAAAACCAAGCUGCACCAAAAACAGCCAGCCAAUCACAGCAAACCAAACCAACGACCGACCAAAGACAACUGGAGACCUUCUUCAUGACUCUUCCCCGUGUCUGGCACCCCCACCCCCAACCUACCCCCUCCUGAGGACACUACACCCUUAGCUUAUAGGUGCAGAGGGUGAUGAGCGCAGGGGCGAGCAUGGCGGGGAGGGUGCCUUGUCGAUUAGCAUUGCUAUAGAAACGACCCAGGGGAUGAUGUUCCCGUGCGAUACCGUGGAUACAGAAUGCUGCUACCAGGACAUUCAGUGGAACAAACCAAAGUCUCAUGCAUACACAGGAGAAAAAAUAUUAAAGGGAACAAUUUAUUGAAAGUUAUAUAUAUUAUAUAUAAAAGAAGACAGAAACCAUAAAUAAGCAAUCUUACUAUGAUGGUUACUAUAAUUAUUACGAUAAAAUUAUUUCAUUUAUUUAUUACAGCUCUGUGUGCAGCAGUCUUUCUCGACUCAGUAAACCUUACAGAAACA